AAAUAUUUGAACAUCCAGAGUUGUCAAAAAUCAUUCAAAAAAUAAUCAAAACAAACGCAUUGAGCAGCAUAAAGCACAAGUUUAAAGAUAAUAAUGGAACCAGCAGUUGUUGAAAUGAUUACAGACGAUAUUGUGACUAAGGAACCAAAAGAUCCAAUAGUUUUACAGCAAUCAUCAGCAUUGAGCUUACUAGCUCAAUAUUCAGAUUCAGACGAUGAAAAUGACAAUGAAGAGGAAGUAAAAGAGCCAGAAAAUCAUAGCAAUCAAUACAGAACAGCUGAAUUAGAAAGUUCAUCGAGUAGUUCCAGUGACGAUUCAGACGAAGAAAUUGAUGUAAAGGAGAUAAAAAAGAAAUUAGAGACAGUAGCAUCAGAUGACGAUUCUGAGAAUGAAGAUCCAGCCAAAGAAAAGAAGAAGAAACAGCCACUAAAAGUCAGAGGAGAAUUUUUAUUGGAAGACUUACCACCAAUUCAGGACCUUGACCUCAAGGUUGAUGAGAAGGAAUGUCUAGAAAUAGGAACAAUCACAUCAGUUGUUGAUCAAUUGGUUCUAGUUGAAGCAUAUCCACAUUCAGCAGCUCUUGACAUUGAUUCUGUGCUAUUUUUGGAUAAUGGAAAGAAAGCUUUAGGUCAGGUUUUUGAUGUUAUAGGUCAAGUAUCGACGCCAAUUUAUUGCAUUAGAUUUAAUACACAUGAAGAUAUAGUAACGAAGAAUAUCACAGUUGGAACUAAGGUAUUUUGUGCACCAAGAACAGAAUAUGCAAAUUUCGUGAUAAUUUCAAAGAUCAUGGGUAGAGGAUCUGAUGCAAGCUGGAAAAAUGAUAUUGAAAUUCCUGAUAAUAUGAUUGAAUACUCGGAUGACGAGGAAGAAAGAAGUGCUAGAAAACAAAAGAAGAAUCCAGAUCAACAAGUGGCAGCACCAAGACGAAGGAAUCAAUCACAAAACUACAGCUGGCAUAAUCAGAUCAAUAAUCAGCCACCACCUAGCAAUUGGCACAAUCAACAACAACACCCUCAGCCACAAUUUCAGAACUAUAAUUAUUAUCCACAAAAUCCAUAUAGCCAAUAAUUAUUAAAAUAAAGUAAAUCAGGUUUUAUUCUCUUAAAGAUUAAAGUGUGUGGUAAAUAACAUUACAUGCUUAAUUAAAUUAUCUUAUAUUAUUUGGAUACAUGAAUGAUCUAUUUCGU